AUGGAGAAUAAUGCAACCCUGACCGAUUCAACUGACAAUGGAGGGUCCACGGAAGUUAAAUCCGUUGCACCUGGCAAUGAAACGACUACACCACCGUCUACCUCUUUAGAGACAAACCCUCCCCAAGGCAUAGAGGGAAAUAACACUGAAUCCACCGGGACUCCACCAGGAGUCCACCCAGAUCCACCAACUGGGGCUACUACCCCAACCGAGGGAAACGUUGACACUUCAUAUGAAAAUGGGACAUCAACCACUGUCGUCUCAACCGAAACUGAACCUUGGACUGCUCCACUUCCGGUCACAGCAGAGCCGACAACGCCCUACCGUGCCUACGAUAACGGUAACAACACUUCCUCGAUCCGAGCCGGAACAAGAUCGACAACGACCGGAUUAGUGCUGGGAGCCAGUUACGGCGGCGUAGGAAAAAAUGCAAGCCUUGCAGCAGACUGCCAAGGAGGCAACUCCGCGAACGGCGUUCUCAUUUUCAUCAUGGUGUUCAUCUUCCUUUUCAUGGGAUCCGUCAUUUAUUGGCUCGUCGCCAAGCUGAAAAAGUUGAAGUCGGGAGACGACAUCGAGGAAAUGGCCGGAUGUCCCGAAGAGAUUGGUGAAUACCACGAAAUCCAGACCGAUAAUCCGUCGAUCAGUGACGUCAAACACGACCCCUUUUUUCUUACGCUGGACGUGGAUACCGACUCCGCGUCUCCCACCCAGCAGGAGUCGUGCAGUUACGUCACUUUCAAGGCCCCCUCUCCAGGCCUCGACAAUAAGGAAGAAGUCGAUCUUCCCUCCUUGCCGACUCCUGCGCAUGCGGAAAGGGAUGAUGACGUAACUGCCCCGGAAACAAAACUUCUCCUCGAUGAUGCUGAGGCCCCCACCACCACCACCACCACCGCCACCAAUGCCGUCGCUGCCACUCCUUCCAUUGCCAUUACUCCGCCUGCCGAAACUCCUGCUCCAGAUUUGGCCGUGGAGGGGGUAGAGGCCGAUCCAAAACCUCCCGCCACGGAUUCUGAAGUAGUGCCAUCUAGCCUUGAGGAAACUCAGCUUUAA